GGCGUUUGGGAUUUAAUAAGCUGUCAGCCAAUAAUUGGGUCGUCGUCAAAAUUUCUAUUAGAAUCGUUUCUAUUCCUACAUAUUUUGGCCGAAAAAUCAAAUGAAGCUGUUACGCUGAGGACGAAGCUGCACCAAACCCGCACCGAACUGCCAGCAGCAGAGGGCCUGGCCCCCGAAAACAAUAGAAAUCCCAAAAUCGAAACUGGACUGGGCAGGAUGUCGAACCUAUCCGUGGGCCAGAUCAUAAUGGAUGCGCAGCGCAUGGCCAGUCGGGUGAAGGACCUGGACGCCCUGGGCACGGCGCUGCUCGAGGAGGCGGAGAACAACAAUCGGCUGGUGGAGAGCCUUCGCCAGUAUCAGGACGACAUUGAAUCACUUAACCGCAUUUCGAACAACAAGACCAACGCGGACAUGGUGAAUCGCAUUCAGCAGCAAAACAUCAACAGCUCGGAGAUACUCAAAGAGAAUCGCGAGCUAAAGAUCUUUAUUGAGGACUACGAGCGCGCCAUGGAGCUGAUGAUGCAAAAGUAUCGCGAGCACACCGUCUCCAAGGUCCUGGACAGCAAGUUUAGCUUUAAGGAGCUGUACAACGAACGCAUGUGGCAGGUGAUCCGGGAGCAGCGCGAGAAGAUCAACGAAAUGGCAGCUGUGAUGCAGCUCGCGGCCAGUGUGGACGACGGUGUCGUGCAGCGAGAGUUGCAGACCAUAUCCCAGCUGCGUCUGGAGAACGAAACGCUGCGCGAGCUGCUGCAAAUCUCCAAGCAGUACGGCUCCUCGCAGCGACCGAUUCGUGAGAGCGACCACCUGCUGGAGGAGAAGGCUGUGCAGACGGACAGUACGGCGGACGACUCCGCCGACGAUCUGUCCAUAUCGGGUGCCUCGGUGGAAAACAUGAACAACAACUCGGUUAUCCAGAUGUACAGCAGUCCGGAGCAGCCGGCUAAGGUCGCCGCCGCCACGAACUCAUUCACCACUGCCCCAGUGCAUAGUCAAAAUGAGACACAAGCACCAAAUGUGACAUUGGAGACGGCGCCGCCGGGGGAAGAGCCGUUGGCGAAUGAUAACAAUAACGGACCUGCAGUCAACACAACCAAUGCGCCGCUGCUAGCGACGACGUCAAACGAAUCUGUCGAGGAUCAGGCGACAGUAGCGCCCGCAACAUGAUAGGUGCUGAUGCGCAACGUUGUUGAUUCGUUUGGUCUUCAUUUGAAUCGUAUUUACUCACCCACUCACAAAACAGGCCGCGCACCAAGAGGGCCCACAUAACCUGCAUUAGCUCUUAGCGAUUGAUAAUCUCUAAGUAAUUUAUACAUAAUACGCAUUUCAACAUAUUGUCCAUACGCAUUGAGAACAAUGAAGUUUAUUAUUUAAAACGAGGUAAACACACUCACACACACACAAAUGUAAUGUACAAUGUACCCUGUCGAUUUUAUGGUUUGCUAAAUAAAUUCCAAAACAAAUCGGGGAAUAACCAAAGGAAUGAGCAUAUUUAAUUUAAUAUACAAAUGUAUUUCAGUAGAGUAUUUAAAUAAGAUGUAACUUUGCUUUAGAUUGCUACUCCGUAAGCUACAUAAUUCUUAAGAUAUUUCCAUUUCUCAAAUGAUGUUACGAGUAGAAUCCCAUCUAUUAUGCGCCCCUCCCAUGAAUUGAAUAUUUUUGUUAGAAGGCUUUUUAAAUUUGUCCAUUCUAAUCCCAGCCAAACAGAGAAGCGGUUAAAUAAUUCAUUGGAUAUGACUCAUUGCUUAUCGAGUAAGGCUGAUCAGAACUUGAUAUACACGCAUACUUGUGUGGAGUUUAAAUAUGAAUAAAGUAUAGCCACUAAAAUCAA